GGAGAUGGAGAAAAGUGACUACAUUUCAUUUUUACCUGUCAUUAAUGUCAGAAAACUCAGCUGUCAGAUAUAAAAUACACAUCGUUGCCUUGUAAAUUGUAAACUAAUUUUAUUUUGAAAUUGAAAGAAAUAACUAAGAUAUAGCUCGUCGUCAAAGUCAAUAUCACAACAUGUCUAUUUCCAUGAUUGCACUAGUCAUAUUGUUUUUCGGAGGAACGAUAUAUUGCGAAGAGGUACAAAUUGAAUUUUCGGAAGAUGAUUUCAAGUGUACUCUGCCUGAUGUGAAAAGUGAAGAUGACAAACUAAAUGUAACAAGGUUCAGAUCUGACUUCUCCAAAAUAUCUGAGGUUAAAUUUCCAGGUGUGAUAGGUCCUCUGAAUGAGAGACUAAUUUGUAAGAUCAAGUGCAUUGAUGGCAACUGGGUUGGUCCGCUCUGCUCCACCACACCAGAUGGACGGUUUCAGCCGAUCCUCCGUGAAUGUGUCUACCGCAAUAACCACCCCUUGCUGGCCAUUUCUUUCAGAAACUCCACCAUUGAGAAGGUAAUGCAGUUCCCCCACGGCGCCACUGUGGUAGCGCGGUGCCGCAACUUCGGGCUGUACAAGAUGAAGGGGGACGGCGUGCUGCGCUGCGAGAACGGCGACUGGGCGCCGCGCUUCCCCGAGUGCGUGCCCACAACGCUCAUCACCAACUUCACAAGUGACGCGCCCCCAACGAUCCUCCACACGGUCGUCAGCGGCUCAGCGGUGGUGUCCGUGGCCGGCGAGUUGUUCGUGUACCCGGAGAGCUCGCUGCGGCUCGACUGCGUGUCCAAGCGGGCGCUUGGCGAUCCCGAGUGGGGCUGGACGCAGGCGCUGGGCCAGCACACACAAGGCUGGUCGGAGGAGGAGGGCGAGCGGGAGACGCACUGGCGGCUGACGCUGACCAAGAUGUCGGCGCGCCACAGCGACCAGUACAUCUGCACUUCGCCCGCCGGACACACCAACACCGUGCAGAUUAAAGUUGUUAGCGUGAUAUGCCCAUCGUUGAAGAUCGCAUCGCCGCGCGUGCGACAAUUCGCUCAAGGAACGAGACUUGGGCAUACGGUGCAUUUCAGUUGCCAGCCGGGCUUCCAUCUCAACGGGUCGGCUGUCCUCAUCUGCGGGGCGGACGGUAAUUGGUCAUCCCUACCCCCAACGUGCGUCGAAACCUUCUGCCCUAUGCUCAACACCCUCGGGCCUCACCUGAGCGUCGUCGAGUACAACUCGUCGUACGGUGGCCGGGCCGUGUUCCAGUGUGCAUGGGGGUACAGGCUAGUAGGGCCCCCGGGCCUCGAGUGCGAGCAGGACGGCGUGUGGAGCGGCGACACCCCGCGCUGCACGCCUAUAUACUGCCCAGACCCGAUAGUGCCAGCGAACGGUCGUCUUCUCACACAGUCCUCCUCAAAACACGGAAAGUACCCAGUCGGCGAUCUCGUCAUAUAUGCGUGCGAGGAGCAGUUCCAAAUGGUCGGGGAAUCCUCCAUAGUGUGUACGGAGAAUGGGUUCUGGUCGCACCCCCCGCCGUUCUGUCUGCAGCCCUCAGAGAUCAGGAAGGCGGAUACUAUUUAUAUUGAGAACACUACGCUCGUGCAUGUUGAGGAGUAAGAUGUGUUGUGUGCAGUUAUUAUGUACAGUAGGCGCUCGGUAUUCCGUCCCGACGCUAGUCAAUCCGGCACGCCCAUUUCCGGCAUUUAGCGACUCAGGUGAGCCGCUCUAAAAUCCAGCAGUUUACACAUUACUAUAAUAUUAAGAGAAAUAAUAGGUAAUAGACCUGGAAUCGGAGAGUAUUGUUGUUACGUGUAAUUUUUUUUUCGAAGCGGGAAAGCUAAAAUGCCAAAUAUUACUUACUAAAAAAUUUUAUCAGAUCAAAUAAUCCACUCUAUAUCUUUAUACGGGUGUUUAGUGUUUACCUCUCGCAUCGGCGCCAUGGCCUUGAUUGCUUAGCGUCAGGGUACCCGCUUCAUAAUUAUCACGUGGCGUAUCAUAGUUGCGUAAAUAUCACCAAGGGGGAGGGGGGUUGAAAAUAGGCCAAAUACGAUCACAUGAUUUCUGGACGGCCCCUAAGGGGGAGCAUUCACCCGGAUUACCGAGCGUUUACUGUAGUUGUAGGGGUGCAAUGGUGCUGAAGUAAAAUAAUUUUGUGUAGGUAAGGCCCAUUUGCACCAUUUCACUAACCCGCGGUUAACCGGUUAAACCUGGAGUUGUCAUGGUUACCAGUACAAUUUGACAGUAAGUUAACGGUUUAACCGCUUAACUGCGUAUUAGUGGGAUGGUGCAAGUGGGCCUAAGUAUCUUAAACUUGUUGGGGGGUAUUUUGUAGUAUAGUGUGAACAGGAUGAGCGGCAGAGAUGUGUGUAAUGUGACUAACGUGUAUGUGUAUUAAAUUAAGUGUGUGUAUAUGGAUCCGUGGAUAGUGUACAUUGUCAUGUUCUCAUUUUACUAUGUACCAUUUAUGGCGGGGUAGCGGUCGACACUAAUAAAGUGAAAAAAAAUUUUACAUUAAAAUUAAUUAAGUUAAUUGAUGAACCAAGAAUAAACUUUUAUUAUUCUAUUAAGUAAACUUUUAUUAAGUGAACAAAAAUGAAGUGGUAAAUAUUUAGAUUAACUCCUAUCCAUGUUUCACGGUAGGAUAGUUCCUUUUACUUUAGCACUGUUGUAUCUCUACUCUCUGAUAGAUCUUAGUCAAAUAAGCCAAAGAUGUACUUAUUCCUGUUUAAGUGCUAUGUUGUUGAUUGUAUUAGUUGUAGUUGUUGGUCAUGUUAUUAUUUAUUCAUUAAAAUUAUGUGUUAUGAAA